UUUAGCUCAUAUGCUGCAGAUCAGAGGAGACAGGAUACAUAGGGCAAUCAGGAUCAAGCAGCUGACGUAAUGAAUAUAAUUUCAUCUUUGUAGUCUCCCUGACAGGCCAUCUUCAGAAUAUUCUUUGUUUUAGGAUUCUUCAAGUCAAUAUCCAUAAUGCUUUCCUUAAAUUCUUUGUUUACAGGCUUGUGCUCUAAUAAUAAUUUAUAAUAAUUUUCUCUUUUUUUCAGAAAAAAAAAAUAAUAAUUGUUAAUGUCCUGGCUGGGUGCUAUUAGCUUAUUUUUUGAGAAAUUAAGUUGGACUUUGGGCAUAUGCAUCUUUGGCAUUUCCAUACAGUUUGUGAUUUUAUUUUGCCAAGUGUUGGUGCAGUAUAAAGCUAUAGGUAACAAAUAUAUUUGUUCCCAGAUACGUCAUUUGAGACUGUGUGACUUAAGUUAAUUUUAUUUCCUGGAUUGCCACAUUUGCGGAGAAGUUUAGAGCCUAUAGAGUUUUAUCUCAUGAUACUGCUUGUAGAAGUUAACAGCUUCUGAAUUAGUUGAUUAUGAUGUUUACAAGUAUUGAUGUUUGCCCAGGUUUUUCUGCAUCUUCAGGUGCUGCAGUCUCCCCCUCUAACAUCCAUGUAUAUGUACAUGUAGGUAUAUGGUAGAAGGGAGGGAAUUUGAAAGCCUUAUGCCUCUCUGUGAGAACUUUUUGUUGUUCUCCAAUUCAGAUAUGUUUCAUUGUCUCUUUGGACAUUUAACCUGUUCAUGUUUUUGCGCUCAACUUUUCCUGAAUGGCUGUGUCCUUCUUGUUCAUCUCCAGUUUUUAUUUUCUUCAACCUGUGAAAGUACAGGACCAGAGUUACUGGUUUUAUUUUGCCACAGCAUUGAACAGUAAGUAGGCAUUUGUCUAGCAGGUCACUUUCCUUUACGCUUUUUGCAGUUUCCAUUUUCCCUGGAGUUGCAGACAUUUUGGAUGAUGUCCCCACCACAGCACUCUUGGUGACACUUCCUUUUGUAUUGUUUCUCUGAGCUGUUUCUGUGGCUGCAUAUUGACAGUAACUUUUACUAUGGGAUUUUUUUCCCCCCUCAGAAUUGUUGUGUUUGAGUAAUUAUACUGCCCAUUGUGACACCUAGAUCCUGGUUGGGCAGAGGAUAGUGAGGAGCUGGUACCUAUGUUUCUGCUGCAGUACCCUAAAUACAGCUAGGGAACCUGCGGUUCUCUCUGUAUAGAGAGAAAACAGUUUUAUAGGAAAUGCUAAAAAGUUGCCAGAUUCUGUAUCACACAGAAAUAAAAGCCUACCUAGUAUUUAGCAAUGCAGAUGUAGGAGAGAAACAAACCUCUGAUAAACAAGAAAAAAAGUUGCAGGGGUGGGGAGAUAAUAUUUUGAAUGAGAAAAUGGUAAGCAAACAAGGAUAGGGUAAGUGGAAACAAAAAUGCCAUAAUCACAGACAAGUUGUUUUUCUGUGGUUUGUGCAUUUACCCCCCCACCUCCUACUGCCAUCCUAUUCCUGUUCCUGUCAAGAUUUGAGCUUAGAGUUUUACUUCCAGCUGAGGAGGACUGGGCAUGAUUCCAGUGUUAGCUAUAGUCAGGAUUUUUCCUCCCUCAUGCCUCUCUCUCAACUUAGAGUAAAGCCCUGCAGAAAGUGGUUGCCCUUCAGGAUUAGUGUUGUUAUUAAUUUGACUUAGUUCAUGUUUUCUGACUCACACGCUGAAUGCAUGGACUAUUAUUGAGAAACUUUUCCAUGGAAGAGCCAAAUUCCUUUAUAGUAAAGCAAGUUACCUGAAGUAGAGACUCGUGUAUGUGGAACUGAGAGAACGUUGUACAGAUUCUCACUCUGUAAUGAUUUCAGACUAAUCUUCCCUUGUAAAUUACAGGAAAGUCAGUGUAUGCAAGAUGUCAAUAAUUUUCUUCUUUCUACAAAUAAAACAGCCAGUCAUGCUUUUUUUCUUUCUUUGGUAUUGCAAUUUUUAGAAUUUCCAAAUCUUUAUGUAUGAUGGAAGAAGACGUUACUGUUUGAAGGCAGGUGCUUAGCAACACUGCUUUGCUGUUUCGCAAUCAGCCAGCUCAUCCCACACACUGCAGUGAAAUGUACGUCAUUGCACAGUGACUGGCAUUCCAGCUUUUCUCUUGAGUUAGUCUUAGAUCUCAAAGAAAAUGAAAUAAUAAGAGUUGGAAAGAAUAACAGGAACUUUUGGUGUCUUAACUUUUUUAUAAUAGGAUGAUUAAUGCUUUAAUAUCCUUCUGCAAUAACCACAUUCCAGAAGUUCGGCUAAGAAAACUUGGGUGAAGCCCAAGAUCUAAUUCAAACCACUUGGGGAAAUCCCCCUGAAGUUCCCCCCUCAGUUGGGUCCCAGCAUUUGAUGUAUAGCUUCUAUAUAAAUUUAGGUAUGGUCAUAUUUCUCUUGCUCCUCUACUGUCCAAACUCUUAAGAAUUUUCAAUAGGAGGAGAGGCUGCAUUUGGUAAGAAUGAAUGCUGGGAAAGAUGAACAGUUAAAACAGAAUUGAUCAGGCUAUCUCUGUACAGGAACAGAGAUAGAGGAAUCAGAGGAAGCAGAUACAGGAAUCCUGAUUUCAAGUUUGAUAUGAGAGUUACCAAACCAUUCUACUUACUGGCAACUACUAAACAUUUUUGCUGUAUUCAGAGCUUUCAUGUUGAUUACGAAAGCCCGUCUCUCAAUUCAUGUCACUGAAGCACAGAUAAGGUGAUAAAAAGACCCUUUGUGGUUUUGUAUGUACUGUUGUGGGGUCUAAGAUUUAAAAAUACUCUUUUCAGUGGGGCUAAAAUUGAUUGUUCUAAUACUCGCUUUUAAAUUUUUUUUUCAGUCAUAUAGCAGUAAAAUAAAACAGUCUUGCAGUCUUUCCAAUCAAUGCAUUUCAUUAGAAACAUUUAAAUAUAAAGCUAAGAUUUCAAAGAGAUGUACUGGUCUGAAUUGCUGAUUGUUAUUAGUGAUAUAUUACUCAAAACAACCAUUGAAUAAUAAACUGUUUCAAGUCCUCUUAAGGAUAAACAGUGUAUAGUUGAGUACAAAUUAAGGGUUUUUUUGUGGCUUGAUUUGUACUGGAAGCAAACCAGCUUUCUAGGAGAUGAGCAUAGGAUAUAUAGUCUUGUGACUUGGAAACUGAGGGCAGUCAGUGCUGUAGGUUCAGGCUUUUAACAGGCAGUGAGGGAGGGGUAUCCAAGAAAAUUACCCAGACCAUGGUGGGUGUGCUGCUUUAGCAGUGUUCUGCAUAUGGGAGAGUAAACUUCUCAUCAUACUGUAAGGAACAGACCAAGUUUGUCCAGCUUUUUCUAUUAUGUGCUUUAUGAUCUAGGCAUUACUGUGUUCCCAGCCUGAUAGUUAAAAUUAUCAGAUGAUUUUCACAAGGCAAAACUAGGAAAUAGUGUAAAAACUGGACUCUUACAGGAAAUGUUCUUUUAUAUUUCCCUUCAGUACUGUUGUCACUGCAGGUGAACCAAAGUGAAACGCAUCUCUACAAAAGGUUGAAAGCAUGAUUUUCUGUAAUGUAACAAGUAUAGUUUGUAAUGUGUGUGUGUGCAAAAGGAAUUUAGUAGAAGGCAUGAUACCCAAAUUAGUAGAAUUGAUUUAUCCAAGUAAAAUGCCCUUUCAGAAGAGAUCAAAAUAGCAUUGCAGAGCCACAUUAACUGGAAUGUAUUUCUUUGUUAAAAUUAUGUCAUACCAAAAAUCUUUUCCACUACUCUGUUGUGUGGUAAACUAAAAUGGGAUGUUACCUGUAAUCUGAUGAAUCACCAACUUUGAGAACUGGCAUUAAUUUCAUUUGUUGUGACAAAUGAUACUGCUGUGAGACAGGUCUCAAGAAUACCAAAUAUUUCUAAGUUGUUAGUCACUGAAACUUAAAAAUGUUGGGGAAAACUAGUGAUUGUAAAAUAACCGUGACUUACCUUGUUUAAAAUUUAACUUUGAAGUUUCUUUCAAUUUGCAAAUGUAAAAGCCUUAACUAAAAAAAAAAUUACCUCUGGUUAUACUCCUAUUGGAAAAAUUUGAUUACUUUUUACCAAUAGCUAAAUAUGCUUAGGGAUAGAAAUAGAACUUAGAGUUCAUGAAGAAGUUGGUAUACUGAGGUAAUAGAUUGCUUCUCAAAUUGUGUAGCCAAAAAUGGAGAUAGUAAUAUUUUAGAGAUCUGGGACUUCCUUCUUGACUUGUUUAUUCAGUAUGAUUAAAACACAGAAUUAUUAAAUUAGCCUUGUAUUAAGUAAUAUAGAUGUUAAUGUUUGCUUUUUACUUCCGUAAGUCUGAAUGUGUAUCUAGAAAACCAUAAGGUGCUUGCUGUUACGGUUGCCUUUGCUAAAUCCUCUUCUUUCAAGGAGACACAUAAUCUGUUGUAGUUUGGGAAUUGUGUAUUUCUUGUCUCUAAUCAUGUAUUUCACAGUGCCAGGAUGUUUAGAUGUUGGUAUAGCGGUGCUCUCUAUCCAUUGUGAAGGUUUAUGAUCUUUCCUUAGAUUGUGUUAUGUUUGCCAUAGAAAGCCUGAGCAGUACCAGGGUGUUAAUUAAGCUUUUUGCAAUGUGUUAUUUAAAUUUUAUAAAUGCACGUUGAGUAGAUCCAGUGGAACCGGUUUUUGAAGUAAAAUACAAACACUGUGCACUCAGGCUUCCUCCAUAAACAAAUGAUUGUGAUUCAUCUCGCAGUAUUUCAUUAGCUGUACAGUUCUUUCCUGGUUAGUUGUGUGUUCAAUAAACACAGGGGUUGGCUUGCAUGCUCUCCAUUUCAUAUGUAUAGCAGGCACUAAAAUGGUAUAAAAAUAGUUUUCUAUUUUUGUUUCUUCUUUGAAGAUCCCCUGAAAGGUGAUACUGAGAUUGUCAAGAAGGAACAAUUUGCUAAACACAAGGAUGGAGUUUAUAAAACCACCAGUCUGAGGCAGAAAUGCCUAUUUUCAUAUUUGGCACCUGUGUUCUGUACUUGAUGGCAAUCUAUAAAUAUUUACAUACUGCAAAAGUGAGCAAGUUAUUGUGGUAGCUGUUGCUGUUUCUUGCUUUGACAGGAAUGAGGCGACUCUCUGCCUCUUGAGUUCAGUCGCAAACUAUACACGCCAGCACAGAGCUUUUCAUGUGCAGCUUCUGCUGAAGCUGCCAUUUUGUUAUCUCAGAAGGAGUGUUCACAUCCCCUCUAUUUUUUUGUUCCUGCAAGUUUAUGCUUUACAGUAUUAACUGAUAGUUGGGAAGGAGCAUUUCUGCUCAUCAUUUAUUUUUCAGUAUCAGUGUGUCAACAGUUUUUUUCUGUUUGAGCUGCAUAUGUGUUGUAAGAUUUUCAUUAGGACUUGUUCCAUACAGAGCAAGACCUCUGCUGUGUCAUAGUUUGUUUCAUAGAAGAGCUCUAAGGGUCCCAUGUAAGAUAGUCAGUGUUGUGACAAGUAUUAUACAAAUGGAAGUCAAGGCAGGGAAGAGGUUUUCUGGAUUUGAGGAAGAUGAGUGUGCUACGUGUCACCCACUCUAUUUCUUUACUGUAGAGCUGGGACACUGAAUAGCCUAUAGAGCUGUCUGCUGCUGUUGUUGGCCGGAGAAGGUCAUCCAGCUCAUGAGGGAGCAGAUCCUAUUGACACACCAGCUCUGGGAGAAAGGGAGCUGAAAUUCUGCAUUUGAUGUGUGAUGUGGCUGGCCUGGUGGUCAGUGAACACUUCCUGCAUGUCAUUAGAUGCCAUAUAUGAAUAUGAUACCCCUAACAGGCAGUGUAACAGCUGGAUGAGCUCUCUUGCAUAGUAAUAGUAUUGUUUUAAAGCAUGUGCCAGAUGUAGACACUUAUUGCCCACAGGCACUGGUCUGUACAGCUGCUAAUAUCAGCUUUCUACUUGCUUAUUCUGUCAAGCACAAUUUUUUCUCCUUCUCACUUCCUCAGAUGUUGUCCACUUAAGCAAACUCUGGCUCCUUUGUACUCUGAUGGCCUGUCAUGGCGCUGGCAGUCCCAGUUAAGCAACAGUUAAAUCUGUCCACCUUCCUUUCCUGUAAUCUCUAGGUUUAUUUCUGUCACGUGUCACACCCACAGAAGUCUUCCCUGAGCUGAUCAGAAAAAUCGCUCGCUGCUUCUGGGAUGUUCAUAACAAAUGUACAAGUUGUUGGAUGGACCAUGAGGUUAACAGGAGAUAGGUGCUGAUUAGAGGUUUCAAAUUAAAAUGCUGACAAGCUGGAGCUGCUGCAUUGCACCUGUUGUGUUGUUUAUGCUGCUGCUGUUGCAGCUGCUGCCUCUGUCCCUCCUGUGUUCCUCAAUGCAAAGCCUGCAUCUCUUGAGCUGAGGUUCUGGAGAACUUAACUGUGAGGUCUUUGGAACAGCAAAUUGUCUUCCUGUCUUAUAACUACCAAUGGUAUUAUGCCCAUCAGGGCCUUGGAGUGUUACUGCUGUAUAUUUAAUAAAUAAUAAAUAAAAUACAUGUUAGGAGAAUCCUGAUGGUUUAAAGUUUCUGUUGCUUACUAUGGGGGAUUCAGGAUUAUCUGCUGGAUAUCAGUUUUGGGACAUGUGCAGAGAGACAUUUACAUUUGCACUUAAGAAGACAGCUUGCACCAAAGAAUGAGAGUUUCUUUAAUCGUAUUGUUCUCACUACAGUGCUUAAGCCAAAAGCAUUUCAGAAACAUUUCAUCAUUAAAAGUUUAGCUGGUCUCUAUUUCUUAUACUAGCCUUAAAAAGCCUCACUGUUUCUAGCAUUGCCUGUGUUCCACAGGAAAGAUUAAGUAUAUUAGCAUAGAAAAAAUUUGUACCAUGUUUAUGGAUUUAUUUUGAACCUACUUGUCAUCAAGUGAGACUGUACUAAUAUUCCCACCUGGAACAGCAAUGCUAGCAAACAUGAACUUUUUUUAAACACCUCUAAAAGCUGGCAGAUCUUCUUUUGGUGAGUAUUAUACAUCCAUUUAAAAAACACACUCCCUGUCCAACUUAGUGGCAGUCUAAAUAGAGCAAGAACAAACCAGAAGGGGUGGGGAAGAGAGGACAAACAUUUAUAUUUUUAGAUGAGAAUCAAUAGGUGGGUUUGGUAUAUUUUUCAGGAUUAGGUUUGUGGUUACUUCUUAUUGUGUGUUUUUUGUUUCUCACAGGUAUGUAGUUUUGUCCUGAGAUAUGCCUUUGUUUAGAACCAGUUCAGUGCCCUCAGAGAGCAGUGAGGUUUCCAGACAAAAAGGAAUUUAAUCUAGUCCUUCUUUUGGGGAAAAUGUAACAGGAAAGGAACAGAGUAACAGGCAUACAGCAGAUCACAUGCUGAGAACAUCAUACUCUGGCAAGAGAGCUAACAUGAAACGGGUGUGCAAGCAGUGCCGCAAGAUAUGAAAAGACUGUUUAGUGCAAAUAAACCUUUAGCUGGGUUAAUGUGUCUAGUUCUCAGUACUGCAGGUCAUAAAGGAUGAGACAGUCUAGAAAACCCAAAGAGGAGUGAGGAGAAAGAUCAGACUUCUAGAAAAGAGGCAGGAAAGGGCUGGAUAAGUGGAUGAUGUUUCUUACAGAAAAGAAGACAGAUGGGACACAUGAUAAGUCGUCAAAGAAGUAAAAGGUUGCUCUAUACAGGAGAGGAACAAACUUGUCUAUUUCCAUUGCAAGUGGGACAGAGUACUAAGUUUAAAUUGUGGCAGAGGAAAUCUAGAUUGGUUAGUUAGAAAAGUAUUCCUUUCUAAUACUAAGAGUAGUCAAGCACUCAAAUAGAUUGCUAAGGGAGGUUGUGGAGUCCCCAGCACGAACAGUCUUUUUAAAAGAAUAGUUUGGAUAAGGAGUGACGCAUACUGAUUGAACCAUGGAAGAAGGUUUGGUGACUUCCCAAGGUUUCCUCAAUCUUUUUUUCUAGAUGUCUUAAAAAAAAAGGUGUUAAUGCAGGAAUAUCCUGGAAAAACAGCAAGAAUUUACAGUGUGGCUUUGCAAGAAUAUAAUAGUUUACAUCCGUUCUGUUUUCUUUCACAUAGGAAAUAUUUUGAUAGUAAUGUAAGAUGUAUUGUAAGUUGAACUGUUGAACUGUGUAUUAUCCGGGAUUUUUUGGUAACCACUUUAUUAGAAAGAUGGUAUGUAUAAAAAGAAACUUGUAUUAAAAUAAGAAAAGGCCUGCAUUCAGGCGGCUAUGAGCUUUGUAAUUUCUCCAAUAGUUCAAAAACAUCUUUGAUGUUUUUAUAUUUUAAGCUGAAGCAGUAUCGCUUUGGUGGCAGCCCAGACCAUCAUAUGUGAGUUAAAAGUUUAUAAAUAUGAAAAUAAUUUGAGAUUUCAAAAAAGCGCUACGUUUAUUUUAAGUGGCAAAGUUAUUACAAUUCAAAUCUGUCAUUGGCUGAAAAAGCUAACAAAGGCUGAAAAAUGCAUUUCAAAUAAAAACCUUGCCCAUCUGGUAUUGUUUAUGUCUCGCAACUGUAUUGUACUGGUCAUCACUUAGUCCGCAUGAUCUACGCAUGAUUGUUCAGGGGCUUUUGUUUGUCUUGAUUUAUAGAUGACUUUGAUGAGCUUGUGGUGAGUAACAGUGAUGUUGUGCUCAAAAAUAUUGCUGAAGAUUUGCGGAAUCGUUUGCCCAUCGAGGCAAUGUUUGAUUCGGAACAUCAAGCUGUUCAGAAAGUUCUGUUCAUCUUCUCAGAUACAUCAGCAUCCACUGCCUGUGAUUCAUGUUGAUGCAUUCCUUUAUGAUGAUGAUUUUGUUGAUUCAUUGUGUGAGGAAGGGAAAAUGAGUAGGAGCUACUGCACAGAGUGUGGCUCAUACAAGACUGCAUCUUUAGAGUUUAUUUCGCAUUCCUUUUCCCUCAUGGAACUGAAGUUUCUUUAUCAACAUGUACUGCCUGACCUGACAGGAAAGGUAGUGGUUGACGUUGGCUCCAGGCUUGGUGCAGUGCUAUUUGCGGGUUAUCUUUAUAGCUCAGCAUCCCAACUGUGUGGAGUAGAAAUGAAUGCAGACUUUUGCCAGUUGCAAGAAAUUAUGAUCACAAAAUACCAGUUCAUCGACAGGAUAAAGGUAUUUCACGCAGACAUCUGUACUCAGGCUUCCCUUCUUCAGAACGCUGAUGUUGUUGUAAUGAAUAAUGUCUUUGAAUAUUUUCUUAAUAGAGAGGAACAGGCCAGAGCCUGGGAAUUUAUUGCUUAUAAUGUAAGAAAAAGCGGGUCCUUAUUAGUGACAGUUCCAAGUCUCAAAGAAUCACUCUCAAAGCUCCAGACAGAUAUACAGCUCAGCCAAUGGGUCGAAGAGAUGCAGCUAAACUAUGAUGUUUAUAUGGAAAAGGAUUUUGACAAAGAAGCACUUGAACAAAUACAUUUAUACAAGGUUCUCUAGUGCCUGAAAAACUUUACUACUAUCCAUGUAAUAUCAUAUAUUUUGAGUCUAAAAUUAAUUUUGAUUGAUUUGUGUGAAUAAAUCAGGUCAAAAUUAUUAUCGUGAUUAA